UACCUUGGUAGGGGAGGGGAACAGAGUAGGAUCCCGGUGGAAUUAUGAAUGGGAAUGGGAAUGAAGUAACAACAUCGUGUCCGUCGUGGUGAAGCGCAAAGAUCUCUAAAAUUCGAAGAGUAGUCCCCAGUAUUCUUGUUACUUUACGUUACCACAAUGAAAGACAUACCAUCCAAGAAACAAAAAAUUGAGGAGGUAGUUAUUUCCGAAUCAGAUGAUGAGUCGGACAGCGAAGACAGUGGGAGCGACAGUACUGAAAGCUCUAGUGAUGAUAGUGAUACUAAUUUAGAGCUCAAGGUUACCUACAACCUAACAUUCGAGAAAGCAUCUUCUCCUCAAAAUAAUUAUAUCUGUCACAUGUGUGGAUCUACCUCUACAAAUCAAGUGGCUACAGCCAGCAGUGACCUUACCUCAUCUUUGCACGAUAUCAAUGGACUUCAACGUAUUAGAACUUUUGAAGGCCACACCAAAACAAUAACUAAUCUCAAGUUCAAUCCAAGUGAUCCACAUCAACUUGUAUCUUCAUCGAUUGAUGGAACAAUAAGAUUUUGGGAUACUAGAAAGGCAGGGAAAAGUGUUCUCAUUAUUAAAGAUGACACUGCUGAAUCAAAACAAUUAAAACCAAUUCUAUCCUUUGACAUUUCAAAAUCGGGACAUUUUUUGUGUGCUGGUACUGAAUUGUUUGAUGGAGAUGCUUUUUUGGUGUUUGGUGAUGCUCGGUCUGGAAAAAUUUUAGGUGGCUACUGGGAAUCCCAUAGCGAUGAUAUCACACAGGUGGCGUUUCAUCCUCUUCUCUCUGAUAGUGUAGCUUCAGGCUCUGGUGAUGGUUUGAUAAACAUUUACGACCUGAAAAAUGAUACUGAGGACGAUGCAUUGAUAAACAGUCUAAACACUGAAUCAACUGUUGACAAACUAGCAUGGUAUCAGUUAGAAGGAAUUUACAAAGGAAUUUCAUGUAUUCUUGACACGAUGGAGGCUCAAUUUUGGGUGGAAGAUGGAGCUUUGCCUUCCUCUUCAUUUUCUCGAAAGCAUAUAUCAAAGAGUACAAGUUGGAAAGACGAUGAGAGUUAUAUUGCUAAUAUUCAUCAAGCAGCAUCAGGAGAUUUGUUACUUCUCACUGGGGCAUCAACCAAAAACAGUGAGGAUUUAGCAAUUUUAUGUCUAAAAGACAGGACGCUCGAAGUGGAAACAGCUUUGCCAGGAAACAAGCAAAGAGUUCGUUGUAGCUGGUACAAUCCAGAGGAUGGAAGUUUUGUGACGGCUGGAGAAGGUGGAAUUUUAUCCAUGUGGAAACCUGGAGCUGAGUAACUACAUGACAAGUAUGCCAAGGUAUACUUCUGUAUACUACUAUACGAAGAAACAAAAUUGCAAUCCUCAAAACACUACAGAGAAAUAACAAAAUUUGUGUUUACUUUUUCUGGAUGGUUUCAAAGGUAACUUCUCCAAGAACCAAGGCCUACUGAUGAAAUUUUACUUUACUGUACAUAUUAAACUAUGAAGACCUAUCUUCUGAAA